AUGAAAAGUAAUGUAAAAUCUGUUUUGAAUGGAGAAAACAGAGAGGAACAAUGUGCCGAAAAUGGACAGGAAGAAGUGAAUCUCAGUUUAGGUAAGAAUGUGCCUGAUUCGCCUGAAAAUAGUGCACAUUCUGAUGAAAAGGGUGGUUCCACUGGAGUUGAGGAUGAGGACGAUGAUGGUGUUGUGUAUGAGAAGAACAUUUUAGAUUUGACAGAAGAUGAUAUAAUGGGAAUGGAAUUUGAUUCUGAAGAGGAUGCAAUUAAGUUCUAUGAAAGAUAUGGUCAGUGUUAUGGUUUUGGGGUGAGGAAAGACAAUGUCUAUCGUGGUUCGCAAGGUUCCAUUGUUACUCGUCAACAGGUCUGCAGCAAAGAGGGGGUGAGGCAUAGAAAAUACUUGGAGCGGAGGGAUCGGGUUAGAGUUGCAAAGGGAAUUACCAGGGUGUCGUGUCCAGCUCGCUUCCGUGUUCGCUUUGAACGCAACUCAUGUAAGUGGAAAGUGAUUUACUUUGACAAGACUCACAACCAUAUUCUGGCACCUGUGGAUAAAGUCCAUCUGAUUUCUUCAUAUCGGCACCUGAAUGAUUCUGACAAGGCUCAGAUUAAUAGCCUUAAGCUACAUGGGGUGAGGACUUGCAAUAUAAUUGGUUUGAUGCUGGGGCAGAAAGGUGGUCACGAGGCAUUGGGUUUUACCAAGAAGGAUUUGUUCAAUCACAUUGAUAAGGAGAAACAGAUAAGGGUAGGAAACGGAGAUGCGGUUGCUGCUUUGUCAUAUUUUCAGGCUAAGGCUGAGGGUGAUCCAAUGUUUUUCUCCAAGUAUACUAAAACUGAAGAUGAAAAUCUGAAGGACUUAUUUUGGAGUGAUGGAGUAAGCAGAGUGGAUUACCAUGCAUUUGGCGAUGUAAUUGCCUUUGACAGCACUUAUAAGAGAAACAAGUAUAAUAAGCCUCUGGUGAUUUUAUGUGGCUACAAUCACCAUGGUCAGACAACUAUUUUUGCAUGCGCUUUGAUUACGGAUGAGUCGAUUGAGACAUAUAAGUGGGUGCUGGAGACAUUUGCUGAGUGUAUGUUUGAGAAGCAUCCCAAAGCUGUUGUUACAGAUGGUGAUUUAGCUAUGAAAGAAGCAAUAAGGGUUGUCUUUCCUAAUGCCCGGCACAGAUUGUGUUCAUGGCAUAUUCAACAAAAAGCUUUAGAGAAACUGAAGAAUCCAGACUACUUGGAGGUUUUGUCCUUUCCUAUUUCUCUGACAACUUGA